AUGAGAACAUAUAAAAAUGCAUUAUUGGAUAGCGGCCUUACAGGAAAUGCUUUUAGAGGGACUGAUACUGUGGCCAUUUUUUUGGAAUGGAUAUUAGCUAGAAUGGUUCUUCAUCCUGAUAUUCAAGCCAAGGUUCAAUUUCAACUUGACACUAUGGUUGGGACUAAUAGAACAGUGACUGAUUCUGAUCUCCCUAAAUUGCCCUAUCUUCUAGCCAUUGUUAAAGAAAUUCUCAGGCAUCGUAGACACAAUCCAAAAAUUUCUUCAAACUGCAAUCAGCUUACUACCAGUUCAGAAAAAGGAAUCAUUCUCAAAUGUGUAAUUCCAAAAUUUUCAUCAAAAUUCCACUUCUCAGGCCCCGAGAAUCACAGGACCGGCUCUGCUUGCAUUACACAAGCGACAAUUGUCAAAGCUGUUGAUACAGAUAGCUAUACAAUGCAAUGGGAUUUUGAUUACUCCAAGAAAAAUUCGAGUGUUUUCUCCAACCAAGGUUGUAUGUAUCAGAAUAUGGAUUAUUUUAUUGGUGUUGACCUCCUUAUACAUACUCUAUAUUUUGUGCAAGAAUUAGACAAAUUGCUGCAGUAUGAUCUGACCCACAUUUUUCACAAUUUAGCAGCUUGA